AGUACAGUCUUGAGCUAUAUAAUGUACCCACUUUAGGACUGUCGUACUAACAUAUUUGACAUUUAGUGAGACUUACAGUUCAAUUUGUCAAAAAAGUUAAUGUGACAUGGUACCAAAGUGUAUAAAUAUUAAUGCUCGUGUCCGUACAUCCAACAUUACCCUUAUUUAUGUCACUGUUAAGUGGGACUUUAGAAUCAAAUAAUUUAGUACCUAUUAAUUUCGGGAUUAAAGUAUUCACUCAUUCUCACGUGGCUUUAUUAGCAAUUAAACUUCUUAGUAUAACUGUAAUUGGGGCCGACGCGGCGGCUGGGGUCCGCGGACCAAUCGCGAGAGAGCCCUUUUUACCUGCACCCCGUGAUACUGUACCUUACUCCCCUGCGAACGAACAAACAGCUGGCAGUAUUGCAUGCGCUCCACUCGUAAAUACUAGUACAUAGUCUGCGCUAAACAAGACCCUCGUCGACGAUUCGAGUGUCAUUGACCAACAUUAAAAACCACCUGUGUUUAUGAAAUAUUCAAUCUGUGACCGUUUUCUCACUUGUUUUUCUCUGUGGAUCAAAAUGAAAACACAUCAGCUACUAAAAGUUAUAAGUGAUUUUGUGAAAUUUAACUAUCCCCUGCUAGAAGAGGUAUGUUUAGUUAUUUGCAUUUGAUAUCAGUGAAAUAAAUCGCGAAUGAUAUGCAUUCGAUUACACGUUCAUGUUUAGUGCAGUGUGCGUGAAUGGUAUUUAACAGCUAAAACAGCAUUUUAUUGGAGCAGUAAUAACGUCGAUAGUUUACUGAAAUCGAUCGCUGCUGAAAAAUGCCAGUGAAAGUACAAAUGCAAGCAAUCGACUCGAGGUCGUAUCGUAUGCAUAGAAUGUUAGAUAUUUUCAACGGCUUCCGCUGCGCCAAACGUUGCCUCGAGCCUUAGCGUUCAGUUCAGCUAACAUUAUUGUUCCAACGCCGAGGCAAAUUUAUUACAAACCCAUUUGCGUAUUACCUCGGACGUUGGUUAUCAAGAUGGAUGCUAGAUUGUUAUCAAGGAACGCGAAAUAAUCGUUAGGAAACCUCGGAUGCUUGUUGAAGAGAUAGAACACACGGUGAAGCGUGAGAUUUACUACAUUUUUCGUUUAUGGAUGCACCCUGAAUACAGAAGCAACAUUAAACCAUCUAGAAACGAUAAAAUUACAUUUGAUCAAACGAGAAAGCAGUAUGGUUGUGAGGAGCGGCUGACUGACAAAUAAAUAAUAGACAUGUUUACAAUACGAUAACCGUGAGUCGACACUGGGUAUGCAUGUGUCUAUUGCGCGUCCCGGUGGUUUAUUAUUCCAUUAGAGGGCAGGAAAUUAAUCGUAAUAACCCAAAAACCCACUGUGAUUAGAUAGCCCUAUUGCCCUAUACGGAUGCAACACUUCAGUAUAAAAAAAUAAUAUUAUAAUAAAUUUAUUUGAACUCACUCAUGGCCGUAACACGCGUUUCUAUGUACCCGCAUCCGCUGUCUCACUUUAUUGACGUAUCGGAUACUUCUAAUUUGAAUAAAUUUACAUUGUUCGUUCUACUGGUGCAUAUGACGGUUAGUCAUAGGUCUAGAGACUUUUUGUAGGUUUCGUAAAUAAACAACUUUAGGCACUAAUCGCUUCCGGGACAAAUAACAAUAAAUAAUAAACUGUGCCUAUGUUAACAAGGAGACGGAACUAUAAUUAUCGAGCGAAUUUAUUCAUAAACAUCGGAUCAACAUUUGACCUGAUCACGUUAUCAGAUACGGACAAUGCUACUUUUUCCUCGUUAAUAUCGUGUUAUGUGCGUGCGCAGGCGCUGCGACUCGCUGGUGGUCGUCAGUAGUCGCCAGUCGUGGCGACUAGCGAUAGCGGCGAAGUGCCACGCUCGCGCGCGCUCCACUGACCCAAUUACCUGCCGCUUAUUGACAGAACUGUCUUGGCGCUCGAGCUCGUCGUUCAGAGAAAGGCGACGCCGACGCCCCACCGAUGUCAUUAAACUUCCUUCCUAUCACUCGCUAACAUUGCCGGCACAGUUGUCGGUCGAACCCCAUAACUAUCUUGAUAUAAGCAAAAUUCCUAUGACGAUAAUGAGCCAGUAUUCAACUUUUGAACAUGUUUGCCAAAAAAUGUGUCGCUAUCUGGUGGGCGGAGAACAUUCCAGCGAACAAAUAAAUCUAAAUCGAUAAAUUCCGAGUUACUAAAAAUAUAAUAUGGUACCUACAAAAAGGCAAUUAAAAAAAAAGCCGUGAAAAGAAAAUUGUUAGAUACAUUUAGUUUAGGAGUGUGUAAUGCGACGAAAUGCGCGCACGCCGGUACCACGAAGUCGGGAGUGCGCGGGAGGGCGCUCCCACGGGUUGCCGAUAUUUUUAGUCCGCGACCAUUACUUGGCACCACCGGCCGCACUCGGCUGCGCUAGUGAUCUUUCUGAAAUUCGUUCGCGCUUAGGUACGCUCUCAAUCUCGGGAUAGGUCCACUCCAAUGUUCGGUGGCUUAGCACAAAAAUAUUGUGAAAACCGGUUAAUAAGUGCUACUUUAACAAGUGUACAUUUAUAAUGUUUAAUUUAUAUCGUGUUAUUAAUCCUGGAUAAAAAAGUGGUUGUAAAUAAGUUAAACAAGAGAUCAAACAAUGGCCAGCCUGACAGCGACCGGCGGCGGCACGACGAGCCCGCGCCGGCACAGGUACAACCGCUCGUCCACCACCAGCGUCACUCAGUUACUUUCGGACGGAUACUCGAGCAUUAUCAAUCGGCUGACGCGGCGCGGACCCUCGGAGAAGUCGGACCCGCUCGCUGAUUCCAAACUGACCGCUGCACGCACACGCUACGAUGACAAAAUACUUUCUAACAAAAAUUCCACUUUGGCGAGUGUACGACGCUAUGAGAACAAUAGACGUAUGUCCCCGUAUGCGUCAUUCACAUCCGGCGCUAGCGCACCUUCUGCAAGGAAGUUGAACGAAGACCGCGUGUACUCAAGUUACCUGAGCUCUCCCAAGCCUCGCAUCGACACAUCACCUGUAUAUGUAAGCUCCUCCGGUAUUAGCGCUCUCGGGCGGAGUGACUCAUUCCGCAGAGCACACGUCAAAGACAAUAAAUCAUCACCUUAUACCAAAAGAUACCCUCUCAAGGAAGCCAACAAUAAUAUCGAUACAACAAUAUUCUUAGGUAGCACGCGCAGUCGAUUAGAAGAUAAAUAUUCUUCAGUAUUAGAUAGAAUCGCGAGCGAGAAAAAAGAAAGAGCGAGAAAGAAAAAAGAAGAUCGCGAUAAAACAUUAGAACCGGAACCGUCCAUGCCCAGAGGAGGAGGUUUGAUGAGGAGUUUAACCACUGCUGUGUUUGGAGAAAGUUCCUUUAAGCGAAACAACUUCUCACAUGAAAAGACAAGAGACAAAACUCCGUACAGAAACACUGCUGACCGACGCUUGUCGUCGACUCAUAAACAAAAUGACCGGACCGAAUACAAAAAUGGGUAUACUGACAUACCUUUGAGGGAUCGCACUUACUACGGUAAAGACAGAGACAGUAUAUACAGAAGACAUCAACGAAGAUCUCUUCGUGCAGAGAAAAGUGAGACCAAAGCUGGAAAACUAUCGCUCCGGCCGGUAGAUAUCAGCUUAAAUGGCGGGGCCCGGGACUUGGUCUCACCACUGCAGCAGACUGUAAACGAAACGACUACGAGAGUAAAGUUAGCCAAAACGCCGGCGUCGUCACCCACUAGAGAAGUCGGGAGACAGAAACAGAUUUAUUUCCCUUCGAGUGACGAAGACGACGACAAAACGCCAGUCGGGGAUGCCAUACUGAGCGACAGAGAAACUAGACGGAAGGAAAUUCAGAGCUUGAUAAUGAAGUAUGCUCACGUGGACGAGAUGUAUGGGCGGAUGGCGGAGAAGGAGGUGAACGGCGUCGGGUCAGCGAGCGUCGCGGCAGCGACGGCGACGCGCAAGCCGGAGCCGCUGGGCGUGGGCGACGUGGUGGCGCUGCCGCCCGAGCUGCGCAGCCGCCAGCGGCCGCAGCGCCCGCGACACCUCAUGCGGCGCGCGGUCACGCCGCCUAGCUCCCGGGCACGCUCCUCCGUCAAGGACGACAAGGACGGACACCUCGUCUACUGGCCCGGAUAUGUCAUGGGAGCGAGAUACAAAAUCAUCGACACGCUCGGUGAGGGCACCUUCGGCAAGGUGGUGGAGGUGAAGGACUUAGAAAUGGAGCAUAGGAUGGCUCUGAAGAUAAUCAAGAAUGUUGAGAAGUACAGAGAGGCUGCAAAACUAGAGAUUAAUGUAUUAGAAAAGUUAGCUGACGUUGAUCCAGACUGCAAAAACCUAUGUGUGAAGAUGUUGGACUGGUUCGAGUAUCACGGACACAUGUGCAUCGCGUUCGAGAUGCUCGGACAGAGCGUGUUCGAUUUCCUGAAAGACAACUUCUACCAGCCGUACCCGCUGGAGCACGUGCGGCACAUCGCGUACCAGCUUAUAUACAGCGUGCUGUUCCUGCACGACAACAAACUGACACACACCGACCUCAAGCCCGAGAACAUACUGUUCGUCGACAGCGACUACGAGGUCGUCUCCGUAUACAACAGUUCCAAAAAGAAACAUGACUUACGAAGGGUGAAGCGGAGUGACGUACGACUGAUUGACUUCGGCAGCGCCACAUUUGACCACGAACACCACAGCACCAUUGUAUCCACGAGGCAUUACAGAGCACCUGAAGUCAUAUUAGAGCUGGGAUGGUCUCAGCCAUGCGACGUGUGGUCCAUCGGCUGCAUCAUAUUCGAGCUGCACCUGGGCAUCACGCUGUUCCAGACACACGACAACCGGGAACACCUGGCUAUGAUGGAGCGCAUCCUAGGACCCAUCCCCUACAGAAUGGCACGCAAGACGAGAACAAAAUACUUCUACCACGGCAAAUUAGACUGGGACGAGAAAUCAUCGGCGGGAAGAUACGUCAGAGAAAACUGCAAGCCCCUAUUACGGUACCAACAGAGCAACAGCGAGGAGCACCGGCAGCUGUUCGACCUGGUGGCGCGCAUGCUGGACUACGAGCCGGCCCAGCGCAUCACGCUGCGCGACGCGCUCAAGCACCCCUUCUUCAGCAAGCUGCCCGCGCACCAGCGUCUCGGCAAUGACCGCGGGCGCUGCCCCGGGUCGGGCUCGGGCUCGGCGUCCCGCGAGCGCUCGCACUCGCUGAGCAGGUGAGGCCGGCCGCGGCGGCCGCGCGCUCCCCGCUGGUAGUCAAUUGAGGCCGCGCCUGCUCCGGCGCCGCACUACGUGUAUACUUGUACAGUAAUGAAGUGAUAAGUGAUAAUUAAUUUGUCGAACGUUGUAAUCUAGGUAAUAUUUUGUUGUGAAUCGGUACUUCUCAAUUUGUAUUUAUAAAUAAUUAUUAUUCGAAAUAAAGACUGUCGGUCUGAGUAA